GUACACAGAAAGAAGGAAGAUACAUCGCUUGUUAAAAACAAGCUUGUUUUCUAUUGCCGUUUAACGAGAGGCACCGAGCACGAUCGAAAACGUAAAUACCGUCGUUAGCAGCAAUGGACAUCCCAAGAAAUAUAACAGCAUUUAUUUAGCGACUUUUGUGCUUUACACUCGUCAGUUAACGUAACGUUUCCUUUAGCCACCGCUAGCUAAAGGUACGCAGCACCUAACAGCGUUCACGGUGGAAACAAGAUGAGCUCCUCACGGGAAAUAAAACAGCUGCAGAAAGCAAAGAGCAAAGCCCAGAGCAGCAACAACAUGAGAGAGGAGGCUAGUAUCUGUAAUCAGCUGGGAGAGCUGCUUUCCAGAAAUGGUGAUUAUGAGGCCGCCAUUGCAGAACACCAGCAGGAGUUGGCUCUCUCUGAGGUGCUGAAUGACGUGAUUGGACGAGCCGUAGCCAAUCGUAAGAUAGGAGAGUGCUACGCUGAGAUGGGGAAGAUUGAGGCUGCUUUGAAACACCAGCGAUGCCACCUGGACCUUGCUCGCUCUGUUAGAGAUCAUGCCGAGGAGCAAAGGGCACUGGCCACUAUAGGUCGAACCUUCCUCUUCCGCUUUGAAUCGGACCAAUCAAGGGAGAGUUUAGAGCAAGCGGAGGAUGCUUUCAGAAAGAGCCUGGCCAUUGUGGAGGACCGUCUGGAAGGCACUGUGUUAGCGCGUGAGCUGAGUGAGAUGAGGGCACGUCUCUUCCUCAACUUAGGGCUGGUCUGUGAUCAUCUGGGGCAGCCCAAGCGCUGCAGCGACUUCAUCCGACGCAGUGUCUUCAUUGCAGAGAAAAGCCAGCUGCUGGAGGAUCUUUACCGUGCCAACUUCAACCUGGGCAACAUUUGCUUCCGUAACGGGCAGCACUCUAAUGCCGUGCGCUGCCUGGAGCAGGCUAAAGAGUGUGCCAGGAAGAUCAAAGACAAGUUCAGUGAGAGCGAGUGCUUCCACUGCAUUGGCAAGGUGCAGUUGUCUCUUGGUGAUUUCACAGCAGCUCGACGGUCCCUGAAGAAGGCCGUCCAGCUGGGCUCCCAGCAGCCCCUGGACAGACAAGCAGUGAAGAAAGUUUUUAAAUAUGCGGACAAAGGCUGCAAGUUAGAGGAACAGAUUGGGGAUGAUCUGUGCAACAAACAUACCCAUGAGGCUGUGGGGCUGGCGGAGCAGCUGGGAGACCUUUACUGCAAGGUGGGCUGCUACAGCAAGGCCCUGGAUGCAUACCAAGCUCAGCUGUCUGCUGCCGAGGCGCUGGGGAAGCCUGCCAGGGAGCUGGCUGUCAUCCAUGUGUCGCUGGCUGCUACCUACUCAGACCUGAGGCAGUACGCCAAGGCAGUGGAGCACUACAGGCACGAGCUCGCCCUGCGACAAGGCAACUCCAAAGAAGAAUGCAACACGUGGCUGAACAUCGCAGUGUCUCAGGAAGAGGGCGGCUGUGCCUUUGAGGAUAUUGACAGCAGCUACCGUGCCGCCUUACGCUGCGCCCAGAGUGCUGGAAAGACCAGACUACAGAAGCAUGUGUUGAGGGUGUGGCUGGCGGCCCAGAGACGGAGUGGCUCAUCGAGUGCUGAUGAAACGGAGGCCAGGCUGCGAGAGCUGUGUGCUUCAGAGGGCUGGAGUGCAGAUGGGAGUGAUGGAGAGGACGAGGAGGAGGAGGAGGAGAUGGAGAACAGUGAGCCUCUCGAGGACAGUGACAUCGCCCUCUCAGACUCUGAUGAUGAUUUGGAGGGCUAUGACAAGAUGGUGUCAGGGAGGAGGAGGACAGGAAAGUGGAACAAAAGGAAUGAGAAGGGCGAGACGUCUCUCCACAGAGCGUGUAUAGAUGGCAACCUGAAGCAAGUCCAGUUUCUGGUGGAACAGGGUCACCCAGUGAACCCCAGGGAUUACUGCGGCUGGACUCCCCUACAUGAGGCAUGCAACCACGGUCACUAUGAGAUCGUAGCCUUGCUGCUGGAGCGAGGCGCUAACGUCAGCGAUCCCGGUGGUCCCUUAUGUGAGGGAGUCACUCCUCUCCAUGAUGCUCUCGCUUGCGGCAACUUCAAGGUGGCAAGACUUUUGGUGGAACGAGGGGCCUCUGUCACCGUACGCAACUCCAAGGGUGAGACCCCCAUGGAAACCCUGCGGCAGUGGCAGGGGACGUACAGCAGAGAACUGGACCACGACACCAAGCAAGAGUGUGCUGCUACAGAGAGGCUACUGAGGAAGGCACUAGCAGGGGGUGUGCCUGCUGCUCCAGCCCCGUCCAAGCCUUUUGACUCCCUGCAGGACAGCCAGCUGUUUGAUGCAGAGAACUCGGAGCCACUGCUGUCAGCCAGCGGGCGCUGUUCCUCCAGCCAAGAUCGGCCCAGGAGCACCAGGAACUCAGAUAUGGGCGCAGUACCUGGCAGCCCCACACGAUGGCAGUGUAGUGGAUCAACCCAGCGCCCCAGAACCAGAGGAACAGAGAAUGCUGUUCUUUAUGGGAAUGACAGCAGCUCUUCAGACGACAGCGAAUCAGACUGUUCCAUCAGUCCUCUGCGUCCUGUCCAACCUAGACAAAGUCACCCUGCAGCUUCAAGUCAAAAGGAAGCUCCUCCAAAUAAGGCGGCCAGCUCAGUGCCCAGCUCUGGCCGAGAAAGCAUCAGGGAGGCUGCUGCACCCUCCGUCUUUGCGAGAGAAGAGUACCACAGUGCCAUCCGAAACCUCGGCAGCUCCAAGACCCUGCUGCAGGGUCUGUCGCAGCCGCAGUUCAGCAGCGCACCGCCAGUGUCCUCUAGUGGAAAGUCAGCGCUAGUGCCCGAGGAGGAGUAUGUGGCGGAUGAUUGGCUGGAGGAUGACUUAGGGGAAUUCCAGCCCAAGAAGAAAAGGAGGCUCGGUGUGGAGCAGAGCGGGACAAGAGGGGAGGGCAGCGCCUCAUAUUCAGCAGCGAGAGGUCAAAACAGACAUUCAAACUCUGACACAGCCAGCCAAGGUGCUGCAGUCCCAUCUUCUUCCAGUAGCGGCCUCUCACUGAGAAAGAAUGGGUCCUUUAAGCCCCGUCAGGUCAAGAUGACUCAGAUGUCCGGCAUGGUCAGGUUGGGCAGACGAGAGGUCAGCAGGUCACACAGCCCCACCAUUGCCGACGAUGACGACCUUCGACCUGAGACGCCGUCCCCACCCCCUCAAGUGCACGUUACACAGGUGUAUCAGGCUCCAGCUCAAACAUUUGCUGCUCCCAUGCACACAUCAGUGCCUCCACCAAUUAGGAUGAGGGUCAGAGUUCAAGGCGAUGUGUUCCUCAUCCCAGUUCCACAAAGCGAGGCAGACUCCUGCACUGUGUCGUGGCUGUGUGAGCAGGCGGCUCAGAGGUACUACCACAAAUGUGGGCUGCUGCCUCGCCUCUCCCUGCAGAAGGAGGGCGCUCUCCUCUCUCCACAGGACCUGCUCCUGGCUGUUCUGCACACCAAUGAAGAGGUCCUGGCUGAAGUCUGCUCCUGGGAUUUGCCUCCUCUCCCUGAGCGUUAUAAGAAGGCCUGUCACAGCCUGGCAGUGGGUGAGGACAAGCGUGUGUCCCGGCUGUGCGAGGUGCAGGAUGGGAGUUCCUCAGUGUCAGUGUGUGGUCUCAGCUUGGCCCCCUCCUCCCUUACCCCUCUCCUGCGGGCCCUCAAACUGCAGGCCAGCCUCACCGAGCUUCGCAUUUCUGGCAACCGUCUUAACAACGACCUUCUCCCCGAACUGGUCGCCACAGUGAUCACCAUGCCUCGGCUUCGAUUGCUGGAUGUUUCAUCCAAUCACAUCACAGGGGAGGGGCUGGAGAAGGCAGCCAAUGCAUUAAAAGGGCAGAGCCAUCCUGCAUUUCCGUGUCUGGAGGAGCUGGACCUCAGUAUGAACCCACUGGGUGAUGGUGUAUCUGAGUCUCUGGCCUGUCUGCUGUCCUGCUGUCCCCUGUUAGCCCGCCUGUCCCUGCAGGCCUGUGGCCUCACCGCCCGCUUCCUCCAGCAGCACAGGCUGCUGCUAGCCAGCGCCCUGGCAGGCACCGGCCACCUGAAAUCAGUGUGUUUCUCCCAUAAUGCACUUGGAUCCACAGGCUUUGAGCUGGUGUUGAAGACAUUGCCGCUUCAUGGUCUCACACACCUCGACCUCUCUGUGGUCUGCAGCGGGCCGGCUGAUUACCCCGCACUGGAGCACCUCGCCAAAGUCCUGUCACAGGAUGAGUGCUCGCUGACUCACUUGAGCCUCACAGGCAACGGGCUUACCGACAGCAGUGUGGCUACCUUGGCUAGGUGUUUGCCUUUGUGUCCUACUCUGGUGUGUCUGAACCUGUCAGGGAACCCAUCUAUUACCUCGACAGGACUGCACAGCAUCCUGAUGUCUCUCAGAGAAGCAUGUCGACCUUUGACCCUUCUAAACCUUCAAGGUUGCCAAGUGUCCGGUCCGUGGGACAGCGCAGCUCUGGACGGUUUGUCGGAGCAGGUCAGGGACCUCCGUCUGUGCUCGCAGCGCCUCAACAAGCUGGACCGGCAGAUUUUAAAGCAGAGCUGGAAACACACACUGGCACAUGGACACUUCAUCGACCGCAACACUAAGUGCCUGCUCUCUUCUGCCCCCUCUGUAUGAGCAGGACUCGUAAUAUCUCAUCCAGCACCUUCAGAUGUGGCUCACAGAGAAGAAAUCUUCUUUUCAUUGCUUGGCACUGAAUAUUGAUCAAUGUGUAAUCAAUGGAGAACUUGUGCUCUGUUGAAAUGGAACAAUUAAAUAAAUAAACGUGAUUUGUUGUUGUUUGACUCAGCACUCACAGCUUUAG